AUGGAGGUCAUGUUCUGUAAAUUAUGCGAACUGAACUGUGGCACGACAAAGUGCCAGGGCUUUGUGGGCAUGGAUGAAGUGUAUGAGGAAGAGAAUACAAGCAGUGUGGAAGCGACAACUGGGGGGGUCGAACGGAGUCGAGGGUGGGCUGUAUGUGUCAGGGGUGGGCUGUAUGCGGUGGAUGUCAAAGACAGAGAAUGCUAUCCUGUGUAUUGGAACCAACAGGAGAGCAUCCCUGUCAUGAGGAGCCAGUGGUUCAUAGAUGGCACCUGGCUCCCAUUGGAAGAGGACGAGAGUGACCUCAUCGAGGUGGAGCACCUAAUCUGUUUCCGUGGGCAACACAUGCAGGACAGCUUCGACUCCAACUCUGCGGUGGCCAAGACAGCCGACAGCAAAGAUGUUCUCUCCCACCUGCCCCCUUUCUACCUCCCCUUUCUGCUAAGAGAGGCAGUAAGGAAGAUGGAGGAGAAGCACUUUUCAGAGCACACAGAGGAGUAUGUGGACUUCCUGCCUGUGGAGUGGCGCUCCAAACUGGCACUGGAUGGGGAUACGGUGGACUCCAUCACCCCAGACAAGGUGCGAGGACUGAGAGACCUGCUCAACAGCAAUGCCAUGAACAUUAUGUACUACACCAGUCCCUUGUACAGGGACAAGAUCACCAGGGGCCUGACGUCAGAGCUGAACCGAAUCUACACCCUGUUCUGCUCCAGGAACCCUCAGUUUGAGGAGAAGAGGGGCAAGGUGUCCAUCGUGUCGCACUCCCUGGGCUGCGUGAUCACCUUUGACAUCGUGACAUGCUGGGACCUGGUGAGGUUCUGUCUGCAGGAGCACCAGGAGCUGGAGGAGGAGCUGGACCUGAGAUGGGUCUCCUACGAGGAGAGACGCCUGCUGGAGCAGCUGGAGCUCACUGGGAACCGGUUACUAGAGCUGGAAGAUCAUCUUCAAGGCCUGGAAGCCUCCAAACCGAUAGCACCCCCUGCUCUGAAAUGUAAGUUACACUAAUCCUUCUGUAUGGGCUCUCCCCUGGUGGUGUUCCUGGCCCUGAGAGGGAUUAGACCAGGAAACAGUGGAGAACAGGACCACAUUCUGCCUCGCUGCAUCUGCCAGAGGCUCUUCAACGUCUUCCACCCUACAGACCCCGUGGCUUACACACUGAAGCCCCUCAUCCUUAAACAUUACAGCAACAUUGGACCUGCACAGAUACACUGGUGUAGUGCUGUAGACCCCACGCCAUACGGUGAGAUCCGGCCAACCUUCAUCAACCCACAGAAGGACCCGACGUCAGACACAGAGAUCAUCCCCAGCCCCUCCACUUCCCCUGUCCUGGCCAGGAAAUACUACGGAGAGUCUAUCGCCAGCAUGGGCAAGGCCAGCAUUCUGGUGGUCGCCACCGGACCUCCGAAAUCCUGA